UUAUCUGGUUUCUCUUUGUCAUUUUUGGUAAUGUUUUGUUUUCUGUUUAUGCCUUGUAUUAGGGCUCCUAACAUUGUCCCUAUUUUUUCUUCCAUGAUCUUUAUCGUUUUAGUCUUUAUGUUUAGGUCUUUGAUCCACUUGGAGUUAGUUUUUGCGCGUGGUGUGAGAUAUGGGUCCUGUUUCAUUUUUUUUGCAAAUGGAUAUCCAGUUAUGCCAGCACCAUUUGUUAAAAAGACUAUCUUUUCCCCAAUUAACUGACACUGGGCCUUUGUCAAAUACCAGCUGCUCAUACAUGGAUGGAUUUUUAUCUGGGUUCUCCAUUCUGUUCCGUUGGUCUGCGUGUCUGUUGUUGUACCAGUACCAGGCUGUUUUGACUACUGUGGCUGUAUAAUAGGUUCUGAAAUCAGGUAGAGUGAGGCCUCCCACUUUCUUCUUUUUCAGUAAUGCUUUGCUUAUCCGAGGCUUCUUUCCAUGGACAGUUUUUGUUACUUUAUUCUUCUGAACAAGUCAUCCUUUCCUGUUUUGUUGAAUGCCUUGUGAUUUUCUGUUGAAACCAGGUCAUCUGACUGUUAUAAUAUGGUAAUUCUGGAAAUCAGAUUCUUCCCCUUCCCUGGGGCUGUUGGGGGUUUUAUUGUUUGUUUUAAAUCAUUAGAACUGUAGUAAUCCAUUUAUUUAGAGACUUCCCCUAACUGUUUUUGCAAAGACUGCGUUUCUCUACAUAUGUAGACCCUGAAGUCUGUGUUCCUUAACUGUGUUCAGCUAGUUUUUUGACAGAUUUCCUUGAGUGCCCGGGGUGGGGGUAGUGGAGUAAUGUCUGUUUGUCUUUGCAAAUUGGUUCUGUGCUAGGGCCCUCCUUCAGCACUUCGCCAGGUUUGUGUUAAGCCUAUAGGACAGCCCAGCGUGAAAGUGUAUGGUUUUCGAAGGUAAUUUCUGAGCAUGUGCCUUGCUAAUUCCUCCAUAUACAAGGUGCUUUUGAAAGUCUUCUUUUCCAAAAGUAAUCUUUCUUGGCUUUUCUUUCCAGUCUUUAGGUGCCUAUUGUGUGCCUUAAUUGCAUUCUUUAGCUACAGGCAGCUACAGCUUUUCAGAGUUCCCUACUGCCCCUCAGCCCAGAGGUGUCAAACCAAGAUGAGCACCUUGCUUUAGUCCUUCAGGCAGUCCUCGGACAGGUUAGAUCAGAUACAACAAAGUCUGCUCUGCCGUAUCUAAAGGCAGAGACCAGGCUCUCUUUCUGGGAAUGUGGCCCAUUGUGGCUUUAAGGUGGCCGUGCCAAACUAGGGAGGGGAUUGAGUGCAGGUGACUAGAAAAUGAAAGUUUACCUGCCAUUAAGAUGUUACAUUUUGCUGAUGCCACUAUCUUGCUUAUGUUUGAUAUUUUAUGUAUGUUUAAUGUUUAAGAAUUUGGAGCAGUGUAUUAAUCUUGUUAUUGUGAUUAAAAAUGUAUAAUUGAGUGAGUAAUUGAUUAUAGUUGUGAAUUUAAGUCAAGUCCUUACUAUAUUUGUAUUAUUGCAUGGAACAUCAAAGAGUACCUAAGAGUUACUGUAUUUAUCCAUCUCAUUUCUUAGAUUUAUAAAUUAAUGUAUUUAAGUUCUCAGAAAAUGUUUUAAGUCAAGCAAUUGUACCUAAAAUUGAACAUAUUAAAGAUUUUAAAGUAGGGAAAAUUUUGUUUGAAAGAGCUUAACUCUGUAAAUGAGAUCAAAUAUUCAUUACAGCCGCUUAAAAUCGAUGCAGGUUUCCUAGACCUUUAAAUAGGGUAAUAAGAUGUCUAAGUUGAAUGUAAAAGCUUGAGGAAAAUCUAGGCUUUAUUAAUUUAUAACUUCAACAAAUCUAAUAUUAAUGUUUAAACCUAGAGUCAAUCUCAGUCUUUUUUAUGCAUAAAAACUGCUCUCAGAUAUGAAAAUAAAAAUACUCACUGGCAGUGGGAGUGUGUAUGCUUUGCUGGUUAUCCCCAGAGCAUGCUGAUAUUCUUGAUUUGGAUUUCACUUCCUUUCUUUCUGAAGCACUAGGCAAGGUGUCCACCUCUGUAGCAUUGCUGGUUAUGAAUGGCGUAUCCUUUGGGCCCUGCAAUGUCUGAUCUCCAUUUUUGCAGCUCCUCACGUCCAGCCUACAGUGAAAAGGAAACGUGGCUUGUGCAGUACUUCUUGCUUUCUGGAAGGUAGCUGCACUGGUCCCUUGUUACUUCUCUGAGUUAUGUAGAGGUCAGGUAUCUGUGUGUGGAGUUUUCAUACCUCAGGUAUACUUGUUGUUUAGGUGCUAGAAGGAACACAUGUGAGGUAUGUGAGCCUCAGCUAUAUGGUGACUUUGGUGAGCCUGGAUUACUUUUCUUUGAAAUGGCAUCCUUGUUAAAACUUUUCUUCACAAAGGCAUGUCAGUAUUUUGCAAACAUUGCAGAUUUCUGUCAAUCUUAAUGCAUUCCUUUUUUCUUUGAAAAAUUAUCUUUUCUUGAACAUCACUGGAGCUACGUAUUGACAAGUGUAGGUUGCGCGGAAGCUCAUGCUCCAAUCAGAUUUGAAUUGUUAGUGUUCUGUAUUGGAAUGCGUCUCUGCUUUCAGUUAACUGGCUUUCAGUUUUGAAAAAGCAGCGUGUUCCUUUUCCACUUAGUUCAUACCUAAAGGCAUUCGUUUGGUUAGAAAUGAAGCCUGUCGGCUUGAAGACUGUCAAGAUUUGUGAGGCAAAGAGCUCGGGUUGCCUAGGUCAGCCAUGUUCGUUAGGUCAGAGUAAAAGGAAAGUCAAGCCUUUGAAAGACCCAUCAUCGUAUUCUCUUUCAAUUGGCAAUGGGGACUACUUCUGGACAAAUAAAGAAAUGUUGUGGAAUUAUGUGCAGGCUCUAACUGAGCAGGGAGCAGAGAAACAUGAAGGGACAGGUCAGCCCUCUGGGAUCACGGAUCAAGAGAAGGAGUUGUCAGGCAGUGCUUUUCAGGCUUUCACGGCUGGGAAUUAUGAUGCCUGUCUGCGACACCUUGCCUGCCUGCAGGAUAUAAACAAAGAUGAUUAUAAAAUAAGUUUGAAUACAGCAGUAGCUGAGUUUUUUAAAAGUAACCAAACAACAACAGAUAAUUUGAGACAAACACUUAACCAGCUGAAGAAUCAGGUCCACUCAGCUGUUGAAGAAAUGGAUGGACUUGAUGAUGUGGAAAAUAGCAUGUUGUAUUACAACCAGGCAGUCAUUCUUUACCAUCUUCGCCAGUAUACGGAGGCCAUAUCAGUUGGCGAGAAACUUUACCAGUUCAUAGAACCCUUUGAAGAAAAAUUUGCCCAGGCCGUGUGUUUUCUGCUUGUAGACCUCUAUAUAUUAACCUAUCAGGCUGAGAAAGCUUUGCAUCUUCUUGCCGUCCUAGAAAAAAUGAUUUCACAGGGAAACAAUAACAAAAAUGGGAAGAACGAGACUGGUAAUAACACCAACAAAGAUGGAUCGAAUCAUAAAGCUGAAAGCGGAGCUCUGAUAGAAGCUGCAAAAUCAAAGAUACAUCAGUAUAAAGUAAGAGCUUAUAUCCAAAUGAAGUCCCUGAAAGCUUGCAAAAGGGAGAUCAAGUCAGUGAUGAACACAGCUGGAAAUUCUGCACCCUCUCUGUUUCUUAAAAGCAAUUUUGAGUACUUAAGAGGCAAUUACCGAAAAGCUGUGAAGCUACUAAAUAGCUCAAACAUUGCUGAACAUCCAGGUUUCAUGAAAACAGGUGAGUGUUUGAGGUGCAUGUUCUGGAACAAUCUUGGCUGCAUCCACUUUGCCAUGAGCAAGCACAAUUUGGGGAUUUUCUACUUUAAAAAAGCCCUGCAGGAGAAUGACAACGUCUGUGCGCAGCUGAGCGCGAGCAGCACGGAUCCAGCCAAAAAAUUUUCGGGAAGACCCAUGUGUGCACUACUGACAAACAAGAGGUACGAGCUGCUGUAUAACUGUGGGAUUCAGCUUCUUCACAUCGGAAGGCCCCUCGCGGCCUUCGAGUGUCUGAUCGAAGCGGUUCAGGUUUACCAUGCAAAUCCCCGCCUCUGGCUGCGCCUGGCUGAAUGCUGUAUUGCCGCCAAUAAGGGGACUUCGGAACAAGAAACGAAAGGUCUUCCAAGCAAAAAAGGCAUCGUGCAGUCUAUUGUUGGUCAAGGCUAUCAUCGUAAAAUAGUCCUGGCGUCACAGUCGAUACAGAACACCGUGUAUAAUGAUGGGCAGUCUUCAGCCAUUCCUGUAGCGAGUAUGGAGUUUGCAGCCAUUUGUCUCAGAAACGCCUUGUUGCUGUUACCUGAAGGACAGCAAGAUCCGAAGCAGGAAAACGGGUCUAAAAAUAGUAAUCCAUUAGGUGGGAACCCGGAGAGCAGUGAAGGCAGUGAACCGUGCAGCAGUAAAAGCCAUGAUGGAGAUAAAUUUAUUCCAGCUCCACCUUCCUCUCCAUUGAGAAAACAGGAAUUAGAAAACUUAAAGUGCUCCAUCCUGGCCUGCAGUGCAUACGUGGCUCUGGCUUUGGGUGAUAACCUCAUGGCUCUGAAUCACGCAGAUAAACUCCUUCAGCAGCCCAAGCUGUCGGGGUCUCUGAAGUUUCUGGGCCAUUUAUAUGCUGCAGAAGCCCUCAUCUCUCUGGACAGGAUAUCUGACGCCAUCACACACUUGAACCCAGAGAAUGUCAUUGAUGUCUCCUUAGGAAUCUCUUCAAAUGAGCAGGACCAAGGAUCAGACAAAGGUGAAAAUGAAGCAAUGGAGUCCUCUGGGAAGCGGGCCCCCCAGUGCUACCCAAGUUCCGUCAACUCCGCCAGGACGGUGAUGCUGUUCAACCUUGGCAGCGCCUACUGCCUGCGGAGCGAGUAUGACAAAGCCCGCAAGUGUCUCCACCAGGCGGCCUCAAUGAUCCAUCCCAAAGAGGUGCCCCCAGAGGCCAUCUUGCUGGCCGUGUACCUGGAGCUGCAGAAUGGUAAUACCCAGCUGGCCUUACAAAUCAUCAAAAGGAAUCAGCUGCUCCCUACGGUGAAGACGCUGUCUGAGAUGAGAAAGAAGCCAGUGUUCCAGCCUGUCCACCCAAUCCAGCCCAUCCAAGUGCCGGCGUUCAGCUCCGUGCAGAGGAAAUGAUAAUGGGCUCGGGAAAACUGUUACCUGAGACCCGGGGGAGGGGGGGUAGUUACUGGCCUUUAUAAUCGCAUCACAGUAAAAGGAAUAAAAGACAGAUGGUGAAGGGUGCUAGCUCUGAAGACAUAAUUUUGAGACACAUCUACCCCUGACUUCUUCGCCGGAAACUUACUUAAAAUUAAGGAUUCAUAAACUCACUUGCAGCCAUUUUUCUUUAACCUUUUCCAGACUAUUAAUUUUAAGCUAUUAUGUGAUCCAUAUGUGUCAUAGGCAAUUAAAACAUGGUCGUGUCAGAGGA